AUGUCUUCAGGCGGGAGUAGUCUUCUCAGGUUUGGAAAAGUAGUGGAUAAGAGGAAGACUCUGGAAAAGCUGGAUCGACACUAUCUAGCCGGUGUUGAGCUGGAGGGCGCCCGAGAGGCCGCCGCGCAUCGCCCGGGCGACGGGAGGAGGAAGCGCUCAGUGCGCAGCAAUGGUGCAGCCGGGACUGCUGCUCUGGAGUGUGCGCAGCGCGGUCUUCAGGUCGGCGGAAGCCGCGCUCUCGGAGACAGAAAUAGUGCCAGCUUGAAGUCAAUAAAUGGAAGCUGGUACAAUUUUUCUACUGCUGUUUCUAAAGAAAUCACUUACAAGGAACUUAAAAACCUGCUGACUUCCAAAAACGUUAUGUUAGUUGAUGUGAGAGAAACAUGGGAAAUUCUUAAGUCUGGGAAAAUUCCUGGGUCCAUCAAUAUACCAUUGGAUGAGGUAGGCCAGGCUCUACAAAUGAAUGCAAGAGAUUUUAAAGACAAGUACAAUGAAGUAAAGCCAUCUGAAUCAGACAAUCUAGUGUUUUCUUGUUUUGCUGGGGUGAGAAGCAAGAAGGCUUUGGACACAGCACUAUCUUUAGGCUUUAACAGUGCUCAACACUAUGCGGGAGGAUGGAAGGAAUGGGCAACUUAUGAAUUCCCAGAGAAGAAAAAAGGAAGUUGA